CCGGUUUGUCGGUGUUAAUGUGGUAAUUAUUAUCGGGGUAAAAUGACCAGCUAAUCUUCGUCAACUAUUGUAACAGGAAGUUGGCUACAUGUAAGUUGAAAAUAAGUCGUGUUCACGUCAGCCUGAGAAGAAAAUCGACUAGAAGACGUAACUAAAAUACACUCAACACCAUACAAGAAUGAGCUGGCAUGGAAACUUUGACGACUUUGAUCAGUUCCAGUCAACGUCAACAACCGCACAACAUGGGAAGCAACAUUUCCAUCCAUCCGCUACAUGUUACGGGAAUGCAACCAAUGACUACAUGGCAGUACAAGAUCUAGUUCCAGGGACUGCAAAUGUUAUUGUGAUUGGCCUGGUGAUUUCCAAGGAGGAACCUAGAGAAGUCAUUUGCAAAUCAGCAGUCAGUAAUGGCUCAAGGAGAUUUGCCUUAAGCUUUGUAAUAAGGGAUUCAGUCACCUCUUACAUUGCUGGAACGUGUUGGGGAUCUGAGAACUAUAUUAAGGAGCUCACAAAAAACUUUCAUAUCUAUGAUGUUGUUGAAGUUUAUAAUCCUCAAAUACAAACAAAACUUGAAGGAACUGAUAAGUUUAGGCCAUGGACACCAAGUCCAUACCAUCUUAACAUGAGUGAGCACCACUCCAUUGUGAAGUUGUAUCAGGACUGGGAUUCCUCCAACUACACCAGUCUCCAGCAUGUACCCAUUCGCCCAGAUAAUGAUUAUUACCCGCUAAGUGACAUUGUGGUCAAUGGGCAGGCCAUCAGUGGAGAACAUGUUAAUAUUCUGGCUGCAGUGAAAAGUGUUGGGCAAGCAAAAGAUAUCGUCACUAAAAAGGGAAGACAAACUAAAAGAUGUGAAGUCAACUUGUUUGAUAAGACAUGUUCUUCAUUUACCUUGAUUUUAUGGAAUGAAGAAGUUGUUAAUCAGGCAAUCCUGUGGAAUCCUGGAGAAUAUGUUAUAUCCGCUGUGGAUGUUCGUGUUUAUUAUGAUGAUUUCAGAUGCUCUAUGGUUGCUACUGCAGACUCCAAAACAAUCUUUAUCGUUAAUCCUGACACAAAAGAGGCUCAUACAUUAUACAUGUUUGCCCAGUCUCAGCCUGUGGGCAAUGAACUAAGAGACCAAAUAGAAAGCUUUGGACUGAAAGAUCCAGAGAUAUUUCAGGUGAAAGAUGUUUUAAGUGUUAGCACAGCUAAACUUAUUGACAAGGAAGUAUCUUCUGGAUGUCCAUAUUACUGCAUUUUGUAUGCUUACAUAUCUCAGUUUGACAUUGACCAGGAAUGUGGCGGCAGCUUAAGAUACAGAUGCCCCAAGUGUAAGCAAAGCCUGGAAGACAGCCAACAGGUCUGCCUGAACCCGCCAUGCAUUGAGAGCAGCACUAGUGGUCAAUUUUUAGCUCAUGUCCAGUAUGACAUAGCUGUGACUCUGUCAGAUCAUUCAGGAUCAUUACCUAACUGUAGACUGAAUAACAAUGCAGCAGAAGAAAUGAUUGGCUUGCAGGUUUUUCAAUAUUUCAACAUAGCCAAGUGUGUUUGUCCCACAGUGCAGAAAUAUCCUGGUCAUGUGCACUCAAAACACCUGUCAUGCUUAUUGCAUGGUUUCAAAAUGGUCCACUCUCCGGCCGUACGUGGGGAGGUCUGCAGCAACCAGCAGAUGGUUGUGGAUUUCCUCAGAGCCCGGUUUCCUCCCACCAUAAUGCUGGCGGCCGUCAUGUAAGUGAAAUAUUCUUGAGUGCGGCGUAAAACACACAUCAAAUAAAUAAAUAAAACAAAAUGGUCCAACAAAUGUUCAAGAAAUGAUUUCUCAAAAACUGAUUAAAUGAGGCUAUUAAAAUUUUGUAUGACAUUCUUACCACCCUUGUCAUGAUCUCAUCAUCUCAUUUUAAUACCAUGGAUUAUUUUUAGCAUUUUUACCAGAUAUUGCAGAUUUUGGGUUUUUAUUUUGGAUUGAAUGAUACACUCUAUCCCUCCCACAAUUUACAUUUUUAACGAUAAUCAGAAACCACUUUGUGACCAGUUUUGUAGUCUAACCUUUAUUUGUGACAACAUCAGGUUGUUAGAAAAUAAAUAAAGAACAUAAGGAUGUGGUUUUGGUCAGGUAGCAUUGAAGAUAUUAUAGAUUUACCAGUGGUCUAAAAUUUUUCUUUUCUGGUGAAAAUAAAUGACAAAUGUACUUUUUAUUGUCCAUAGGCUGAAAGUUCUC